CAUAUUUCGAGUUCUUGUUGGCAUUUUAAGUUUUUAAUAACAUCCAUUAAUUAAACGUGUUUUAUUUUGGAAACAGUAAUUAUAAUAAUACUGCCACUUUAAUUAUUCGGCCAUGUUUGACAGAAGUCUCGAUUGUUCGACAAUUUGCAUAACUUGCAAUUUUCACUUUCCCAACAUAUUUUCACUUUCGGAGCUGAAAAACACCCAACUUUUAUACGUCAUAUUUCAUAGAAAUGCAUUUCCCUGGUAACUAUAACCUGGUUAAAAGAUCAUUACGUUUGAAUAUUGAAAAAAUAAUAGGUUAAUUUACGAAAACAAGCUACCAGAAGCUUAUAUAUAUAUACAAGGUAAUUUUUUUCCUUCCUGUAUAAUUAUAGCAAAUAUACUGUAACUAUAUAUAUUCUGGUGCAUUUUCUCUCUCAAAAAUGAGCAGUUAAACUACAAACCGUAUACUGUAGGAGCUCGUUUUAAAACUCCGAAUGUAUUGUACUUAUUUACCUGAGAAUUUAAGCCUAGUGAAAGGAUUUUGAACAUGUUUUUUUGGCUAAAAGUCAAACUUCAGUGUUCACGCCUACGUCAGAGGAAUCAAAUUUCCAUAACAAAAGUAGACAAAGGUCAAAAUGCUGUUGUCAAGUGCUAGGCGACGCUUCGUUGGGUCAUUAUUUUAUAUUUAAACCGAAAUUGCUUCAUCUGCCGUCAGUUAGGAACGAGGCGUCUUAAACACGCGCUAAAGAUACAACAAAGAAAGAUGAAUACUCCAUUCGAUUCCAGUCAAGAAUAUCGGGCAACUUUAAGAAGGGAAAAAUUUAAAGCCACAGCAAUUUGGAAUGACAUGGUGAACCACCUUCGCGGCAAUGUAGUCGUUAAACGACGCCGUUGGAAGAUGAAAUCAUACGACGAUUGUUUUCAGGGCUCGGAAGCUAUAACCGCUCUGCAAAAUUAUGUUCAAUCUCACCCGGACUUGAGGCACAGUGUUUCGAGGGCACAGCUUCGAAAUUUGUGUCAAAUUUUUGUCCAGAAACGUAUUCUAGAAUCGGUCGAGGAUCAGAAAGGCGAUUUUGAAGAUGGCUCGAAGUUGUAUCGAUUUGUGGACGUGCCUUACAGCAAUACUGGCCCGCAAGUUAAGCAAGAUUUCAGAAGGUUUGUGACUGUUUUAUUGUUGUAUUUUGCCGGAGAUCAGUUAGCGAGCUUUUUGCAAGUCAUGUAUAUCUACCAUCACACGCAAGCUUUGUUGUUGUGACCAUAUAACCAAGGCGCGGGGGCUUGUUAUUUAUUAGUUCGAUAUCAGAAGAAUUGUAGCUUUAAAAUCUUGUAUUCUAGUAUGGUUUUAGUUCGCUUUUAUAUAGGCCUUUUACCUGACGUGCCGUGUUCAAAAAGAGCUAUCAAACGUCUUUGAAUAAAGCGUAUCGGCUUUUAUUGUUGUGACAUAUUAGUCGAGGCAGGAGGCCCUUUUGCUUUGUUUUGUUAAUAUUAAAAGCUUUUUAAUCUAUGGCCUUUGCAUGGGAAUUGCUCCCAAAACUCGUAGCCUUCACAAAGAACUUUACUGCUAAUUGAAAUUUAACAUUUAUCUGAUGAAAUGGCUCGCGGGGUUUACUACCCAUUUACCGAUUAAAACCAUCUGGCGUUAGACAGAAUAUUAAAACGAACGAAAGGGUGCAUUAAGGGUAUAUUGAUGCUCAGUCGGAUAAAAAUAGAAAAAGGCUGAAUCAGUUUUGAAUCAGCACUAACUAAGCUUAAAGUAAGCAUGUGGUAUCACAUCACUUUCAAUAUUACAUAAUAAUCUUGGCGUCAUUUUAUUUCCUGAUGAUGUUGGUGGCAUAUCAGGAAAUACUGCUUUACACUAUCAUUGUACCAAGGUUUCUGUAAUCACAGCAGUAAUUUUGUAAGAAAUGUUUGAAGCAAUUGACUCCGUGUUGUCGAUUCCCUCAAACGUUUCUCGCAAAUCCUUCAAAACUUCGAAUUUCCCUAUAUGCAAAAUUUCUACUGUGACUACAGAAGCUUUUAUAGUGUGCAGCACCUCUGAAGGUUAAAAAUUUGCGUUGCUAUUCUCACCCUUUUGUUCCUGUGAAUUUCUGUUCUUGGGAUCAAAGUGAUUGGGGGUGGACCACAUUGUAUGAGGGGGAGUGAAAGAUCCCCCUCGUGCAGAGAGUGGUUUUUAAAAAAAAUUCUUGCAAAAAUUUUGGGAAAGGAAAAAAUUCCUACACAGCCUCUACACCAUAAUUAACAAGGUAAAGAAACUUCCCCCACCCUAUGAUACCAAACGGUCCAGCCCUUAAUUGAUUAAUUUGAUUAAUAGGCUAUCAGACUUUCAUUGUUGAAAAAAUAUUGUUACAGUGUGAAAUAUGGGAUCCAGUGUAGAUGGUAUUCUAUGAUAAGCUGUGGGUUUUGUCUUAAAAUAACUAAAGGUUUUUAGCAAAGCCAUUGGUCAGAUUAUUGCUACUGUUCAGUUGCUGAUAGGUAUAGUCAGGGUAUUUGUUCUAAGAUUUUACCAAUUACUAUUGGAAAUAGGGAUGGUCAGGCAGCCUUUUUGGCGUCCACUCCAAUCGUCUGGUCAUAAGUUCCACUUAGAAAGUGGUCUAUAUAGAUUCUCAGACCACAGACGCCUGAUAAACCCGGCAACAUGCCAGAUAGAUGAGUCAUCCAUUGAAGUCAUGUGGGCCUAGUAAAAACAUAUGUUGGAUCUGAACCUGAAAAAAAAUUUUAAAUAGUUCACUUCAAAGUCCUUUGCCUUGUUGCCAAGACGCCUUUGGAGGAAAGGCAUUUUCUCAAAAGGCGAAAGUUCGAUAAUUUUUUUUAAUCUUUCUCAGACACAACCCAAGACACUAUACGUGCAUAUUAACAAGAAUAUAGACAGCUAUAUAAACAACUUCGGGCAUAAGUCAUUCCCUGAAUAAAUAUUUCAUGUUAUUUUAUAAAAUCGUAUAACCCUAAAGCAAACAAUAUGUUGAUAAUCAUUCUCAUAUAAUCCUAGAGGGUGGUGCAAGAAUCCCAUGGCAACGGAAACUAUUUAUGACCAUAUAAGGAAGGGACAACUUCUGACCACUCGACUAUAUUUCCAUAGCUUAUGGCAUGCAUAAGUUGAAACAAACCGCCAAUCUGGAACGAAUUUUAUACAGUAUCGUGCACUUUAGACAAUGACUUUUUAUCACAAUUGUUUUUUGAAUAUAAACUGUGACUCGAAAUAUGUUUUACCUAUCUCAAAUUUGGGGGUCUAGCCUAUAUACUCUGUAGGUAGUAUUCUUAACCUGUCGUGGUUUGUGUCUGAACUAUCUGGAAACGAUAUCUCAAACGUGGUGGUCCAGUGUAGGUAGUAUUCUACAAUAAGCUGCUUGGUUUGUGUCUGAACUUCCUGAAAACGAUAUCUCCAGCUUGGCUUGGCCUUGGGGGUCCAACGUAGAUUGUAUUCAACAUUAAGCUGCCGUGAUUUGUGUCUGAACAAUCUGAAAAAAUUAUAAAAAAUACUAAUACAUGGCCAUGGGUUGCUAGCCAUUUAUGAAAGUACUUUUUGUACGGAAGUAUGUUUUAAUUAAUCGGUGGAGGUGUGUAACUUUGGCUACUUAGCACGCGAAUUUUCCUAAAGAAUAGAAGAAUAUCAUUCUUUCAAGGUCGACAAUUUUCCUAAACAGGAAAAGCACAGUACUGUAUAUACUCUACCGCUUUCCUGUAGGGGCGGUGCGAUCACGAUAAUGCCAGUGGCGGCGCCAGGCUUCCAAAUUUGGGGGGGCAUUUGAGGGGCAAACUCAAAUUUGGGGGGGCAAGAUAGAAUUUUUAAAAAGGUCGCCCCCCCCAGGAGAUUCGCCCCCCCUCAAAAGGUGGGGAUAUUCCUAGGAGUAUCGCCCCCUGGGGGGCGAAUAUCCUAGGAAUAUCGCCUCCCAGGGGGGUGGGGCGAAUACCCUAGGAAUAUCGCGCCUCUUUAGGACAUUCGUCCCCCAUAUAUGCGAUGUGGUUUAUUCAAAUAAUUUCGUGAUACGUCUUACACGUUUGAGAAUUUAACUCUGCAAAACUAAAGCUUUUUUGUCUUUUUUUUGAAACGUAUUAUUGGAGUAUUGGCAAGUUUUACCAUUCAGAGAUUUACAAACUAAUAUUGCAACUGUAAAAAACAGUUUCAUGUAUACGCGCAUUCACUAAUGAGUAAUGACAACUUAUAAGCCAUACAUUUUCCGAUAACUACAAAACGCUUGUGUAGCCUUUAGUCGCUCUUAGUGACUAAUAAUUUUUUUUGAGGGGGGGCAAAAUGGGGGGGCAAAAAAUAAUUUUGGGGGGGCAUUUGCCCCCCCUUGCCCCCCCCUGGCGCCGCCACUGGAUAAUGCAUUCCAAAGGUCUCCCACAUUUUGUGUGCGCGAUCAUAUUUUGUAUUGAAUUUAAAUUUGGGCAGUUUUAGGAUUCCGCACAUCGCGCAAAAAGCAUCGCAACUGAACAACAAAUAUGUGAAAAAAUGUCGAAAACUACUUUAACUAUAUAUAAACAUUUUUGGGAACUUUUUGUGAACGAGUGUUUCGUUUUCAAACGUUAUUUAAACAAAGAAACUUUCAAACAUUUUUAUCUUUGUUCGAACAACCACAAAACUAUUUUAAGGUUGCUAAACACUAAACUUACACUCACUUAGCUACACAAGGUGGGUCAAUGGAGGUCUCGAGGAGUACUGAAGACUUGUUCUUAGAAUUUAAAGUGUGUUUAUUGUUAACAACCCAUGCAGAAAAUGCCGCGCCCUGACGUGCUAACAAUCUUAUAUUGUGCUCUGCCUCACACCCAAUGAUUUUUUGUCAAUAGGCGAGGCCUAGAUUUAAAUGAUAAUGCAAUGCAUAACUUCAGAUAAGGGAUAAAAAAUAAUUUUCUAAAGGCUGCAUUCCAGUUACGCGUUUUUCAUACGUGCGUACACGCACGUAAAAGUUGAAUUCGCUUAAAAUUUCAUGUAAGUGCAAAUAACCUUAACAAAUACACAUGCAUUAAGUCAUACACAAAACUGAAUACUGUCCUUUUAUAAAUUUAGUUAUUUCAUAAGUAGAAUGUAAAGCGAAUUCAACUUUUACGUGCAUGUACGCACGUAUGAAAAACGCGUAACUGGAAUGCAGCCUUUAGUUACUUCUAAAUACGUAAACAUUAAAAAUACAUAAAUAUUUUUAAAACUCUAUAGUCAGUUUUGUAUGCGAGGUAUUUUGUAUGUGAAAAGAGUCUUUUUAUAUAUAUAUAUAUAUAAUGUAUAUAUAUAUAAUGUAUAUAUAUAUAUAUAUAAUGUGUAUAUAUAUAUAUAUAUAUAUAUAUAUAUAUAUAUAUAUAUAUAUAUAUAUAUAUAUAUAUAUAUAUAUAUAUAUAUAUAUAUAUAUAUAUAUAUAUAUAUAUAUAUAUAUAUAUAUAUAUAUAUAUAUAUAUAUGUAUACAUAUAUAUAUAUAUAUAUAUAUAUAUAUAUAUAUAUAUAUAUAUAUAUAUAUAUAUAUAUAUAUAUAUAUAUAUAUAUAUAUAUAUAUAUAUAUAUAUAUAUAUAUAUAUAUAUAUAUAUAUAUAUAUAUAUAUAUAUAAUAUGUAUAUAUAUAUAUAUAUAAUGUAUAUAUAUAUAUAUAAUGUAUGCAGAUGCCAGAAGUCGAAAAACGUUCUUAAUUCAUAUAUAAGGAACUUCUUAAUUUGCGUCAUUUGUUCGAAACGUCAUCCAUUUUAAUAUAAACAUAAAGCGAUAUAUUUUGAACUAGCUAGAAUAAAUAAUAACUCUUCCCUCUUAUUCUUUCCAACAGAGACAAAGCUUUGCUGCCUCUAAAGAAGGAAAUCUCUAUUCGCGAAGUGGACAUUUUGAGGCGAGAAAUUUCCGCAGUUCGCUUGCUUGAACUCGUCGACAUCCCCAUGCUUGAAAAUCUUCUUGAAUCAUUUGAGAAUUACGCCGACGACGAUGACGAUUAUAUUAGCAACAACAAUUUGGAAGUUGAACAGGCCAAUAAAUUGGGCCGGGAACACUUGGAUCAGACCUUGGAAUUAUGCGACAAUGACCAAGAAAAAACGUGGCUUAAAGCGACAAUCGAGUGCUUUGAUUUGCAGAUCAAGUGCCCUCUUCCGAGAAGAACUGAAAUCGGAUUCCGAAAUUCAUGGAAUGAUAGCAUUCUGGGAAUUUUUAAGACUUUAAUCGACUACUAUCGCUCGAUCGUGGAAACUCUUUUUCCAACCAAUGUUGCAGAGGUUAUAUGUGAGAUUUCACGAUUGUUACAAAAUGGGAAAUACACAGAGUGUCUUCGUGCGUUACAGUUGCUGGUGGUUCUUUUGCCUUUGGAUAAAUCGCAACAUUUGCAGAAACUACUUCAGUUCAUGUGUCUGUCGGUGGAUAAUAAUAUUCAACCGAUGGCCGGCGUUGAUUCCAGAGAAGGCGUGUGCGCUGUGUUCAUGGAUGCUAUACUACCAGAGUGUGAACAACUAGAUAAGGUAUAAUAAUUUAUAAUAAUAAUUUAUUCAAACAAAGUCCCAAUAUUGGGACAUAGAAUACAUGGGUAAAUAACUAAAUAAGUCGUUACGGUCUGUAACAAUAACAAAGAUAUUAAUAUAUAUGAAAAAAGUUGAUAAAUGUAUAAAUACACAUACACGCACACGUGAGUAAUUAGACCAGGCUAUCAAAAGCAGCCAAAACGUCGAAACAAUAUUUGCCUACUAACUUCAUUAUUGACUUAUCCUUCAUAGCCAUAAUGUAUAUAAAUAGGUUUUUCGAAGUAAAUAAGUUGAAAAACCUAUUUAUUUUAUAUAAAUUAUCAAUGAAUUUUGUCCUGAGGUCGAUGAACUUCAUGUUUGUACAAGACAUUAAAAAGUGAUGUUCAUCUCCUACUUCAUUUAACUCACAAAGUCUGCAUAGUCUAUCAUUGUAUGGGACAUUGUUGUAUCUACCAGUUUCAACAGUUAGCUUAUGUGCUGAUAUUCUUAACUUUGUAACAGCUUGACGAUAUUUGAAAUUACUAAUUUCGUUUAAGUAUUUUUCACAUUUAAAGUGUUUUUUUUUUAUUUUAUAUGAUAUGGUAUAUGAUCUUGAAUAUGUUCCCGAGUUUUUGCUUAUAUUGCAAAAAAUAUGAUUAUACUAUCAAAGUUUCUGUGAUCACAGCAGGGAUUUUGAAUGGAUAAAUUCUUUUGAAGGAUUUGUAAGAAAUGUUUGAGGUAAUUGACAAAUGUUAAACACGGAGUCAACUCCCUCAAGCAUUUCCUACUAAUUCGUCACAACUUAACCAUAAAUUUCGAAUUCGUUAUGAUUCACACUUCAGAAUUUACCCAUGCAAAAUUCCGAAUCAAAUUAACUUUGGUAGUAGUGUAAAGGCCCAUUCAGACCGGACGCGAUUUGGCAACGCGAUAAUUAUGGUCUUCCCUCUUGAUAAUCUCUGAAUUAUUUUCGACUUUAGGUGCAAAGAUAUUUUCUCGUCAAUUUCAUGAUGGAGACGCAUGCGAACCUCUUUCAUAUUCCCGAGGAUGUUCUCAAAUACCUUCAAGAAACCUUACAGGCGUUUGAACAAGGUCGCACCGAUCUCCCUGUGGUCUCAAAGUGUCAACGAGUGUCUGUGUUUGAGUACGAGCAACAAAGGGAAUUUUGCACUAAUCAGCAAUUAGAACAUUUAAUUAAUCAAAUCUUGGAUGAUUUAACGAUGUCGUUGAAAGAGAAAAAGAUGGUGCUGAAGGGCAUUCAGAAACAUCACCCAGAGGUGUUUUUGCGACAGUUUCCUGAUGGUGAAAUUUGAAGCGGGCUGGUACUGCUCAAUGGUAAGUUGAAGUUGAAGUUCUGGUCAAGUCCUUAGCAUCAUAAUAUCUGUCGUCACCAUCAUCAUUAUUACCAUCAUCAUCACCAUCACUAUUAUCAUGGUGAUAAACCAUCUCCACCAUCACCACCACCAUCAUCACCACUAUCACAGCAAUAAUCUCAUAAUCAUCACCAUUAUCACAAUAAUCAUUAUUAAACCAUGUCAAGUCCGUAAUGUAAACAAAUCCUUUGUUUACAUUUUGAAUAUUUGUAAGAUAAGACGUAUAUACUAACUGAAUACCUAACACUUUUCUGGUUCGCUAUUGUAAGUACUAGAUAAAACAUGAGCAGCCGAUCUGUAUCUGAUAUACAAACUCGAGCCGAAGGCGAGAGUUUGUAUAUCAGAUACAGAUCGGAUGCGAAUCUUUAUCCGAUUUACAAACAUUGAUUAAACAUUCAUUUCUUUUGUAUUUUCCUCCUGAAUUAUUAAUGAUUUUUUUAAAUGAAUAUAAACUGGAGAACGUUUCAAUUCAAAAAAGUUCGAAAGAUGCAAAAUUUGGGCAACAUUUAUAUCUGUGGGAAUCUGUGGGUCCCCCUUUCUUAUGAGCAGAACUGAUGCGCAGAACGGACUUUACAUGGUCUUUAAUCAUCAAACCACCAAUAAAUAUUUUCAAUUCGUUCAAUUUUUACUUCAUAUUUAUUCAAACUUGUUUUCUUUUAUUUACAGAAAUUCACCAUCACAAUUUGCAAGACUUCGUUGUAAAUACACAUCGGAUUUUUAUAGCCACAAAGAUUUACCAAACUUUUAAUUUAAUAUUACAAAAUAAACUAUAAUUUCACGCCAAUAGCUUUUAGAUAGUAUUAAAUUAAUAUAUUAUAUCUGUUUAUAGAUAAUUUAACGAUCUUAAUUAAAUUGUUUUAAUAAAGAGAAUAAAAUUUGUUGAAAAUG